AACAAUAAUUCUAACCUCAAAGUUUGCGGCAUCACUUGCACUUCCACUUAUAAGUAAGUGGUAAAAAUAUAAUAUUGAACAAAACUAAUAAUUGGAAACUCAAGCUUCUUAAAUGUCUAAAACUGACGAAUCUCUAGACAUGAAAAAUUAUUGCAAGGAGUAUAAACGACUGACAAUCCUACAUCCUAAUGAUCAAAUAAAGGAGUUGCAAACUAUAUUAAGGGAUAAAAAUACCACAAGAAGUGACUUCAAGUUUUAUGCUGAUAGACUUAUACGUUUGGUGAUAGAGGAAAGCCUUAACCAAUUACCAUUCACAGACUGCCAAGUGACUACACCUACGGGAGCUACUUACAACGGCUUGAAGUACAAAUCAGGUAAUUGUGGUGUAUCGAUUAUACGGUCGGGUGAAGCUAUGGAACAAGGUUUAAGAGAUUGUUGUCGUAGUAUUAGGAUAGGAAAAAUUUUAGUAGAAUCUGACGCUGAAACUCAUGACGCUAGAGUGGUGUAUGCUAGGUUUCCAGAAGAUAUAGGACAAAGACAUGUGCUUCUUAUGUAUCCCAUUAUGUCUACAGGAAACACAGUAAGUCAGGCUGUGAAUGUAUUAAAGGAACAUGGAGUGCAAGAAGAAUGUAUUAUAUUAAGUAAUUUAUUCUGUACACCUAGGGCUGUAGAUGCAAUUCUACAGUCUUACCCCAAACUGAAAAUACUGACCUCAGAAAUACACCAUGUUGCUCCGAACCAUUUUGGCCAAAAGUACUUCGGUACAGAUUAAUUUUGAUCACAAUAUUAUGUAUUAUUUUUUUAAAUCUUUAUAUAUUGUUGCAUUUUUAAAUAAUUUUUUUUACCUAGUCAUAUCGUAUUGGUUCACAUACAAUUUUUACUCUUUUUACAACAAUGAAAAUAGAAAAAUAAUUGAAUGGAAAAUUCACAGCCAAUAUACACUAGUUCAAAAGAAUUGUAUUGACUUACUGAAUAAAAGUUAGUAAAUAUUGAAAA